CCCCCCCCCCCCCCCCCCCCCCCAUACCAUCUUCUCCAACUAGUGGGGCAUCAACCCUCCUCCACACGUUCAGCAACCAAGACCCUCAUAGCCUUCAUAACAACCCGCGGGCAUCUCCUACCCCUUGUCCGACAGCCAACCCGACAAGAUGGCUGGCGUCCAACCGCCAAUAUUAGGCCAAGCAGCACCCACUUCCAAAGUGUUAUGGAACCAGAUACUCUUCCUCGCCACCGGUCUGCUCUCUACCCUGGGAAUACAGAAACUGCAUUAUAUGGGUGCUGCAGACGGAAAAUCGAUGUUGACAGUCCUCACCACGUACAUUGGUAUGAUAGCCAUUAUUCUCAUCCCGGCACCCAAGUCUGAGAAGCGGAGGCUUUCAGUGUCUUCAGUCGAGCACCCUAAAGUGCUUUUGGUCGCUGUUAUGGAUGUGCUGGGGAACCUGGUGCUGACCAUUGGACAGUUCUCUGUUGGAAGCGGGGUAAGAGACGAGAGCGCAGAGACUCGUCGGACUUGGGGAUUUGAAAGGGGCGAAUCGACCAUGCACUUGGAAUCACGCACCCUAACCGCUGUCUCUUGUCGGGCGGAUACACAGCUUUACCAAGUCAUCUACGCAUCCAUGGUAGUCUUCACAGCCCUCUUCAGCUGGCUCUUCCUUCGCCGGUCAUUGAACCUGGGACAAGUAGUCGGCGUGCUAGUGAUCACAUUCGGGCUCUCAAUCAACGCGCUGGAUAAGCCGCGGGAGGAGGAGGGGGAACAUGAUCCGUCAGAAACGCAGCCACUCCUAGGCUUCCUGAUAACCCUUACCGGAACCUGCAUCUACUCCGGCGUCUACACCCUAAACGACUACAUGAUCACCUCCUCCCCACACCCCUCCUCCCCGCGCCAACAAUGUUUCUGGCUCGGCACCUACAGCACCCUCAUCUGCUUCACCGUGAUGGGGUUCAUGUCCCUCCCGACGCUGCGCGCGAUGCCGCUGAACGAUUCAGGCGUGAUAAGCCUGUACGCGGCGCUGUGCGUGAGCUCGCUGGCGCAUAACGUGACGUAUUUCCAGCUGUUGGAGAGCACGGGGGCGGUUGCUACUGGCGUGAUCCAAGCCCUCCGCGCCGUCCUCGUCUUCACCCUCAGCGACUACUUCUUCUGCGCCCAGGACGCGCACCAAUGCUUCACGACCGUCAAAGGCUGCGCGACUUUCGUCGUCGUGCUCGGCGUGCUCGCGUUCGCUUCAUCGAAACGAAAGCAUGUGGAUGCCGUGUCUCCGGCGACCGCGGUCGGCGGAGGGGGCGGAGGGAGCUAUGAGAAAUUGGAGCCGGGGAAGGGCUUUUUGGCGAGGAGUGAGAUGGUCAAGGUUUUGAAGGCGUAGGGCCAUUCCGGCGCCGCGUCUCAGUUCGGCAUGUAUUGCCACUACCGUGGCUCGACAGGGAUGGUGGUACCCAGUAAUUUUGAUGGAACUCGGCGGGGGUAGAAUUUGACCUUUGAUAUUUAAGCGGGGUUUUGGGACGGAUGAUGGAGGGGGGGGGGACCUUGUGCUUUCUGACUUGUGCACAAUAUAUACCUAAUGGAUUCGCACAUUGACCAGCCUUGUCUACACGAUCAUGCGAUCGCGUAACGAAAAAGUCCCGAUGCAUUACGCCGUGUUUCUAUCGAUAUAACACGGGGGAACCGUCGGUACACUAUCCAAACCGCGAGUCCCCCAACAAUCCCGUCCCGCCUCUACCUACACGUCUAACCCCCCUUCAACCAUUUCCCUCACCCUCGCCCCCACCU